AUGGUCGAAAGGUUUAUAGCUACUGGGAUAGAGUUUGAAUCUGUGGAUAUGGAAGUAGAGCACGGCAACCAGUACAGGAUCUUCAGCAGCAUUGAUAAAUGGAAAAGGUUACAGUAUCCUCCGGGUACUGUAGUUGUUGUUAUCAGCAGUGACUCUGGUUACCGUCCGAUUCUUCGCUCAUUGAGAGAGUCCGGUUUUAGGACUGUUAACUUUUCUAAACCGGAUUGGUACAAGGUUCUCGACUUGGGUCCUCGUCUGGAUCCCAGACAAUAUGGUUUUGCUCCUAUUCUGGAGGAGGGGCGUACUGUCGUGAGAAUUCCCAACGGUCCGUCUGCUCUCGCUGUGAAAGAAGCUGCUUGGGGCCUUGCUCGAUACGCUGUCAUUUCACAGGAGAGGAAGCUGAUGCACAAUCUCCGCCAGUACACUGUUCCUCUACAGCGUUACAUGGCCCUCAUGGAUCUUCAGGAAAGGAACGAGAGGUUGUUCUAUAAGCUUUUGAUUGACAACGUGGAGGAGUUGCUUCCAGUUGUGUACACACCAACAAUUGGUGAGGCUUGCCAGAAGUAUGGUACCAUUUUCAGGAAGCCACAAGGUCUCUACAUCAGCUUGAAAGAGAAGGGAAAGAUUCUUGAAGUGUUGAAGAACUGGCCCCAGAGAGGGAUUCAAGUUAUCGUUGUUACUGAUGGUGAGCGCAUUCUCGGUCUGGGUAAUCUUGGUUGCCAGGGAGUGGGAAUUCCAGUGGGGAAGCUUUCUCUUUACACAGCUUUGGGAGGAAUCCGUCCAUCAGCUUGCCUUCCAAUCACCAUAGAUGUGGGUACAAACAACCAGAAGUUGCUGGAUGAUGAAUUCUACAUUGGCCUUAAACAGAGAAGGGCAACUGGGCAGGAGUAUUCAGACUUUCUGCACGAGUUCAUGCGCGCUGUGAAGCAGAACUAUGGAGAGAAAGUGUUGGUACAGUUUGAAGAUUUUGCAAACCACAAUGCGUUUGACCUUCUGUCUAAGUACAUGGAUACUCAUCUUGUCUUCAAUGACGAUAUCCAGGGUACUGCACCUGUGGUGCUUGCUGGGCUUAUUGCCGCUCAGAAGGUGCUUGGUAAAAGCCUUGCUGACAAUACCUUCUUGUUCUUGGGUGCCGGAGAGGCUGGAACUGGUAUUGCUGAGUUAAUUGCUCUUAAAAUUCCGAAAGAGACGGGAGCUCCCAUCGAGGAGACCAGGAAGAAGAUUUGGCUCGUGAACUCCAAGGUAUAUUGUUUGGCAGCCAACAAGAACUUUCUCAUCCUCUUUAACUUUAACCUUUCUUGA